UUAUUGUAAAAGCUCUUAAAUUCAACACAAUCAUUCCAAGUUACAAACUCUUGUAUUCAAGCAAUAUCCCUUCUGGAAAACUAUUUUACAUUCUCUUUCCUUCCUCCCCAUUUCAUGAUGUUUAUCACAUGAAUAUUGUGUGUGUGUGUGUAUAGACAUAGUAUCUGAUUGAGGAAAAAGUAGGUGAAUGGUUUGUGGGUUUUCUUAGAAAACAAAAUAAAUAUCAUAAACAAUAUAUAUUAUGGUUGGUUUUAUGUGUAACAAUAUAGUUGAAGAACAAGCUGCAGUUGGGAAGAAAGAGAAUGGAGAUUCAGUUGUUCAUAGCCAACACAGGCGCUCAAAAAGUGCUUCUGACAGGAACUCAAGUGUUUCAAGAGGUCGAGUUUUAAGUUCCAGGAAGAAAGGCAAAAAUGAAACGCAGGUUUCAUCACCUUCAACAAGUGCUUCUAGGGGACAAAGUCCUUGGCACGACAAUCCUGCUUAUAUCAACAAAAAAUCGCCAUCACACCACAGAGCCUCUUUGGAAAAAGAUAUUGAACAGUUGCGGUUGCAUUUGCAGCAAGAGAAAUCUAUGCGUAAUAUGCUUGAGAGGGCAAUGGGCCGAGCUUCAAGUACUCUAUCUCCUGGACAUAGGCAUUUUUCUGUCCAGACAAAGGAAUUGAUUUCUGAAAUUGAAUUGCUUGAAGAAGAAGUUGCAAACCGCGAGCAGCAUGUUCUCUCUCUCUACAGGAGUAUUUUUGAACAAUGCAUUAGCAGGGCACCUUCUGAGCUGAACUCAGUUGUGGCUUCCCCUGCCCAUGUGAAGAAUAUGAAGAAUGGAUCCAGGAAGCAUCCGAGUAUCAUUACCAAUGCAUUUUGUUCUUCAAAAAAGUUUCCUUUCCGACAUUUGCGAGCUCUAGUUGUUACAGAAAACUCUGGAAAACGAACUUCUAGGACUAGAAAUGCUCCACUAUCCAGUGGCAAAAGUGUCAUCGAUUUUGGAAAGAAUUGUUCAAAUCCAGCAGAGGUUCACGAAAGGGUUCCGUCCUUAGAGAAAACAUCUAUGCUGCGAACUUUGAAAGAUCAUCUCCACCAGUGCCCUAGCAAGUUAUCUGAGGAAAUGGUCAGGUGUAUGGCUGUUGUUUAUUGUUGGCUUUGCAGUGCAUCAUCUGUGAACACUGAAAAAAACCGAUUAUCUUUGUUGUCGAGGUCAUCAACUAGCAUUAUACGAGCUCGACACGGUGCAGGAGAUGCCCCAGAUUGGUCGGGGAAAUCAAUGGUAGAAAUAACUUGGAUAUCUACUGAUAAGAGCAAGCUUCCUCAUGCUUCUUUUGCCAUUGACAACUACAGAACUUUGGUUGAACAACUGGAGAGGGUGAAUGUUACUCAGAUGGAAAUGAAUGCGCAAAUCGCAUUUUGGAUCAACAUGUACAAUGCUCUUGUUAUGCAUGCACAUUUAGCAUAUGGAAUUCCUCACAGCUCUCUAAAAAGGUUGGCUUUGUUCCACAAGGCUGCUUACAAUAUUGGGGGCCAAGUUAUCAGCGCAAAUGCCAUAGAGCAAUCCAUAUUUGGCUUCCAAACACUCCGAGUUGGACGGUGGCUUGAGACCUUCCUUUCAACUGGGUGGAGAAAAAAAUUUGGUGAAGACAAACAACUUCGCAAUUCAAAAUUAGGGCUUCCAGUCUCCGAACCCCUUGUGUGCUUUGCUCUUUGUACUGGAGCUUUCUCCGAUCCUGCGCUAAAAGUAUACACGGCGGCAAAUGUUAGGAAUGAACUUGAAGAGGCAAAGAAAGAGUUCAUUAAAGCAAAUGUAGUCGUAAAGAAGUCGAAGAUAAUUCUUCUGUCAAAGGUACUUGAAAGGUUUGCAAGAGAAGCAUCUUUUGGCUCUGAUGAUCUUCUCAAAUGGGUUACUGAGAAUGUCGAUAAGAUGCUUCAUGAUUCGAUACAAAAAUGCAUUGACCAUAAGUCCAGCAAGAAGGCGUCUCAGAUGGUAGAGUGGCUGCCAUACAAUCCAAGGUUCCGAUAUGUGUUCUCAAAGGAUCUGUCUGAGAAGCCAUGGUGGUUGUGAUUUGUGAGAUUCGUUCCAAAUGCUUGAACAAAAAGAAAUCUGACCGUCGUUUGGCUUGAGGAAGCUAGUUGGUAGUAGCUCAUCGCGCCGGGUGAUCAAUUAGCACGACAAUUGUAUUCCCCUCAACCUAGGGCUUUGUGUGAACUUGAUAGUAUGAUCUAACAAGCUUAACAUUACUUGCAGAUGUCGUAUAAUUGAUGUUUGACACCUUAUUUGUAUAUUGGACAUGCGUUUGUGUAUAAAAGAUAAUGACGUCCCCUAAUUUAUGCAGUAAGGCAGUAAAUUGUAACGGUAAAUUUGUAGGUUACACUAUAUAAACUGCAGAGACAGAAAUAGAUACUAGUAAUCACUGAGAAGUAGGUUGGAUUCA